AUGGAUCUACUUGUCUUCUUUAUGGUUUGUGGAGUAGCUCUAUUUGGCUCUUGUACCAGUGGAAAUGCAGAAUGGCCCCCUGCUGCCUAUAAGAGAGUCGUCGAAUGUAUUCCCAAGGGAAAACCACCAACGCCCUCAGUGCCGUACAACGUAGCAUUUUGUCUCGCUUUAAAGGUUUUACGGAAUAUUUUGCAUACUCUAUAAGUGUUUAAUCAACAAAGCAGCACGUUGAGGUACAAGGGGUCAAUACUGAAAAUGUCCUUGGAAUAUCCGGUUCCCAAUAUAAAAAGAAUCGAGGAUGCUUGUCGUCUCGCAUAAGUGGGGUUAAAGCUUCGUAUUUUUAAACUCACUUUUUUACGUGCUCGGGGAAAAACGUCAAUAUUUUUAGCCGUUAAAAUCUCGUUUAGGGUUGAAAGCAACGAAAUUUAUCGAAACAUGAAGUCUAUUUUUACUAUUUUGGGUAUUUGUCAGUGGUCAAAAACAUUUUGAGCCGCGCCCAGAAAAGUUUUCUGGCGUUUGAUUAAAAAUUUCCGACGAUUAUUCCCAUUUGUUCCCUGAGGGAAUCGUCCCCCCUCCUCUUCUGCACGGGUAAAAAUGCCCGCGUGGCUGAACCCGACUGCCCUCGGCAGGUACUGCAGGAGAUAACUUCGCCACGGAUAGGAAAAAGAAAGGAAAGGGAGACAACAAACAAACAAACAAAACAAACGAAAGAAAUGAAUUUCCCUUUUAUAUAAGGCUUGUAACCAAAAGUAUUAACGUUUUAAUUUUCAUAUCUAAACCAGAUGGAUUCCGAAUGCCUACUAAAGCCAUUAAAUGCCACAUGUGACCGCGAAGUUUUUGACUUUUAUCGUGCGUACAACCUGGAACGGAUUUAUCUUACCCGAAAAUCUGACUUUUGUCCGAAGCCACUUCCUUACGAGGAAUUAAGGGAGCUUGUCCGUGAAUCUGGUAAGUCAUGAUCUUAAAUAACAGCGUGGUUUAGUCAGUAGAAACCUUUGCGGGAUGCAGAAUUCUGCUAAACAUGUAAAUAAAACCGACUGGUUCCUUCUUGCUGGAUCUCUAAUCUAGAGAUGCUAGAGCCAGAUGUCUCUUGAAGUAUUUUCAAAAACCCAACUGAAUGCAAGGCUGGCAAUACCGUAACGGCAAAGGGCUGAUUUCUUUUGGGCCAAUAUUUGGAUGGGUUACGUUUUCGGAAAGUGGGGAAGGGCACAAUCCCAUGUUUUUUUCUUUUAGAAAGUCAUACAAUUAUGCACGGCACCUUAAGGGUAUGGUUUUUAAGCCUUUGAAUCAAAAAUAGUGUGUUGAUAUUAUUUACGUUUUGAGGGCAAGAAAUGGGAAAAGGGUUUUUAGAUCGUCCUCUUUAUCAAGCUGACAUUCAAGUGGUUCUUAGCUUGAGCUUAAAGCUAUUUAUUUAUCAAGUUUCGCGUCUUUAACUGAAUAUAUACUUCUAAAGUACUCUCUGACCGGCCGGUUGACUCAUCUCUGUACGAAAAUUGGCCUUCUUCUUUUUUAAUAGGUAUCAUGGAGAAAGAACAUCUCCCUAGUAUUGGUAAGCAUGCAUGCAAAGCCAAAUAAGCCCAGCUGGAAUAACACUCCUAAUGCGGCUUGUAAGACAUUUGCUUGGGCACAUGGUUUUCUAUUUCUUAGCCAAGAUUGUGGAAGACUGCGAGCAGUCUCUUACUUUCUUUUGAAUCACGAUAGAUGGCGAACAUGGUAAAUCGCGAGCACGCGCGAGGAACGAUGGCGUAGCCUGAGCGAAGAUUUUCCAUUCCAGUUUUUGUCUCUCUGACCCAAUUUCUCCUCCUUUUUACCGUUCACGUGCAUAAGAGUCUGAGGAUAGAAGGACGACCGCUUACGGUCUAGUUGUGGCCCAGCUAGACGUUUUUAUUAUUUAGACUCAAACAAACUUUAUUAAGUAUCAGUUUUGCCCCGAGGUUUAAGCGUUUCCAUAUUCAUGUCUCAGGGAUCAUUUUUUUCUACUUUUAGAGAACGAUACCUACGUGGACUGCGCUGGUACGGUGGAGAACACUUGUGUUAAGGUGGCCGUAAAAAACUUGGAAAAGGGAAAAAAUGUCCUCCAAAUAUUCCUUAGCUAUAUCAACUGCUACGAUAAGGAGACGAAGACAUGCCCCGUUCCAGUUGCUCGUAAUAUCAACGUUGUCAUACAGGCCUUUAAAAAACAUAUUUACGCACGUCAUGGCCUGCUCGCGAAAAUGCUGAAAAAGAUCAUUCCCGGCCGCGGCGCAGUGGGUCCGAAACUUUCUGUUAAAACAUAUAACCGAAUACCUUUAUAGAAAGGACAUUGGAUAAAUUCAAGCUAAUUCAGGGUUAAUAAUUGUUAAUCAGGGCAUGUCAAAAAUAGUUUCUCAUAAGUUAACACUCUAAAGCCAGUUUACUGCUGUAACUAGUUACAUGAACAAGUUCUUUUAAAGGAGCUGUGUCGUGAAAUUUAUCAAAAUUUAAACAUUUGGAACAGCUGCCAAAUUUAGUGAAACAUAAAAAAAUAAAUAAAUUUUAUCACUUGUUUGUCCCCUGAAAUAACACGUGACAUUGCUUUUAUCCCACCAUCCCCAAAGCGAGUGCAAAGAUGGAGGGUAUCGUGAACAAGGUCCAAACUUCCUAAUAAAACACGUUCAUGUCUUAACUCACCAUAGAUACAAUUCUUUUUUGCAACGUUCCUUCUUCUACGCUCAAAACAAAACAAAAAAAAAAGAAACAACACCACCACCAGUAUUGGAAUCACAUAAUUGUUAACUAAUAUUUAAUAACUGUCUCCAAAAGAAGUUUUGGGUUUUGAAGGUCGGUGGCGGGGUUGAGGGAAGUGCAAGUGAUGCAGAAACACAGCUUGACGCACCGGAGUACGAGUUUGAACUUUCAAGUUGA